CGCCCGGUCCCCUCUGCCCGCUCCGCCACCUUCCCCCCGGCGCCGCGCCCCCCGCCCCUGCCCCGUCACACGGCGACAGCCGCCGCCGGGGGGGGGCGGGCGGGCGGAGGGAGGGCCGGGGCGCGGCGCGGCGGCAGCCCGCCUCGCCCCCUCACACACGCCGCACGCUCCCUCACACUCACCCUCACCCUCACACACACACACACACACCGCCCGGCCGACGGGAGCCGGGGCCCCUGGCAGGGCGGCCGCCCAUGGCUGACGGGAGCCCGAACGAGGGCGCCGAGCCCUUCCCGCGCCGGGAGGAGGCUCCGGAGUGGGGCUACGAGGAAGGAGUGGAGUGGGGGCUGAUUUUUCCCGAUGCUAACGGGGAGUACCAGUCGCCUAUUAACUUGAACUCGAGAGAAGCUAAAUACGACCCCUCGCUCCUGGAAGUGCGUUUGUCGCCCAACUACGUAGUGUGUCGUGACUGUGAAGUGAUCAACGACGGGCAUUCGAUUCAGAUCGCCCUGAAGUCAAAGUCAGUGUUAAUAGGGGGACCAUUACCUCGAGGACAUGAGUUUGAACUACAUGAUGUCCGAUUCCACUGGGGGAGAGAAAACCAGCGUGGUUCUGAACACACGGUUAAUUUUAAGGCCUUUCCCAUGGAGCUUCAUCUGAUGCACUGGAACUCCACACUGUACAGCAGCAUUGAUGAGGCAGUAGGGAAGAAGCACGGCAUAGCUAUUAUUGCUUUGUUUGUGCAGAUAGGAAAAGAGCAUGUAGGCCUAAAGGCUGUAACUGAAAUUCUCCAGGACAUCCAGUACAAGGGAAAGUCCAAAACAAUACCCUGUUUUAAUCCCAACUCUUUAUUGCCAGAUCCUCUACUGCGUGACUACUGGGUGUAUGAGGGCUCUCUAACUGUUCCACCCUGCAGUGAAGGCGUCACCUGGAUAUUAUUUCGCUAUCCUUUGACUGUGUCCCAAGUGCAGAUAGAGGAAUUUCGUAGACUGAGGACACACGUUAAAGGUGCAGAACUUUUAGAGGGCAGUGAUGGAAUCCUAGGAGAUAACUUCAGACCAACUCAGCCACUUAGUGAUAGAGUCAUCAGGGCUGCAUUUCAGUAGCAGAAGAGGGAGAACAACAAAAAUAAAUCUUUAUUCAGUGAUCUUUUCAACCUUUGUUGCCUCACAGAAUAAGAAUUUAAGGAUGACAUUGGAUUCGAUGCGUAAGAGCUGAUACACAUGUGAACCUGAAUUAUCCCUGCUUCAGUUGUUAAAACCUCCCAUGUCAUGUUCCCCUAGCCUCUAUCAGUUACAAGAUAAAUUUCCUCAAUGCUCAACAGUUACUCCUACACCUCUUUAUACUUAGUUAAUCAAUGUUUUACUGUAAUGAAAAACCUUGUAAUGAGUUUCUUAGAGAGUUGAAGAAAAUUCGCUAUCAAGACAACUAGUUACCUUGGAAGUAGCGAGUCAAGACACCAACAUUUGUGGUUGAUUUUGUAAUGAAGUGGCCCUACCUUGAUACAAAUAGUAAGACAGCUAAUCUGGGAAGUCUUCAAGCAAAUAAUGAAUCUGUUCACUUGCUUACUUUAAUAAGUACUACUACUUUUAACAUAGUAAAGUUUUUCAUCUACUAUCCUAUGGUAAACUUUAUUUAAAUAACAACAACAGUGGGUACUCUGCAUUACUCUAUUUUACUGGUAGAAUCCAUUAUAUAAAAGCAUCUCUUUUUUCUGUCUGCACGUUUCUUCAAAGCCAUAUGUUUGUUGUUUCAAAGCAUGCUGCUGAAAGGUGUUUGAUACACACUUUUGGGUAAGGACAUUUAUUUGUACAUUAAAUUCUUGCCCUAUCUAGGUCAAUGGUGGAACAACUUAGUUCACUUCAGGCCCCGUUGUGGAAUUAAGCCUCUUCAGAGCAUGCUCUGGGUCCAGCCCCCAGCUUCAUAGGAAGUUAACAAAUGAUCAGGCAGCCUAAAAGAGAUUAAUAAUUCAGUGCUUCCAAAAAUGGAUCCGUUAAAACUGAGUGAGGAGAUUAUCUUUCCUCUUGCAUGUGACAGAAAUUAUUAAAUGGGCUGGGACAGUGGCCAGCAAUUUUAUGGUCCUUCCAUAUAGCAUAAGCAUUCAAUACAGUGUAUACAUCUAAACAUUUUUGAAGUAAGGGUUUAUUUGUAUUUUAUAACCCUAUUUUAUAUCCACAUCUCAGAAAUUAAACAAAGAAAGCAAAACAUUGGUGCUUGUAUUAGUAUUGUUUUCUCGUUCCCAUAUUUAAUUUUGGGCACAUCCCUAAGCCCAAUUCUCAAUUACAUGGUUCUCUGCAGCCACCAAAUGUUGUCACUUUAAUCUUGAAAUGGAUGUUUCAAAUUCAUCCUGUCUUCUGCAUAAAAAUUACUUGGGAAAAUCAUAGCAAUAUUAAAGUACAAUUUUUCUCAGAGGGUGAAUAAGGCCCUGAGGGCAGUGCAGGUAAUUCAAGUCUGUAACAGUGAAAUUACUUGACACGCUGAGUUUGAAUUUUAAGCAUGAAAGGGUUUCCUUUACAAUGCUGGAAUUGAAAAGUAAAAAUUUCCCUUUUGCUUUCAUGUUUGAAAUUUUAUUACAUUUGUCAAUACUUAUAAAGAUUUGUUUUAAAUAAUAAAAUUUAUCUUGGCCAUGCUUCACAAAAUGAUCUGCAGUUUUAAUUCCCAAAUGAUGGAAUUUUUAAUGUAAAAUUAUAGUCCUCACUGUAGGGCUAUGCUAAUUAUGGACUCUCAAGCACUGAGAAAGAACUGUGACUCCUGGCAUUGUGUAGCCUACAGAAGAAAUGACACUUGGCUCUUUACACCUGAUUGAAUUAUUUAUCAGAAAUUCAUUUUUAGUCUUGGAUGCAUCAGUCCAAAUAGCACUGAACCAAUAUAUUCUUGCUAUUGAGUUUGUCUCUAGGGAGCUGGAAACUAGAUAGAUGAAGCGUAAAAAGAAAUCAUGUGGCUUUGAUCACCUUUCUUCUAUGCAGAAAGGGAGAAAGGGAAGAAAACAAUCAUUCCUACUUUGUAGUGAUGUCGUUGCACAGUUCUCUCCAGUAGGAAAGUGUUGAGGAACAGUAGUUCCUCACACAGACCUUGACAUCCUCAGAAAAGACACCUUCCCUCGUUCAUAGGAAAGAUGUAAUGGUCCUUAAGCUGGGUCUGCUGACAUCAGCUGAAUAUUGCUAUGAAGACUCAGUAGUAGAUUGGGGUAUAAGAGUUUGCAGGGUGGCAUCUACAUAGUGAUCUAAGGGGAGCAUUUAUUCCUUUCAAAGAAGAGAUUAUCUUUUGUUUUAAAGCUCUGGUAUGUCUUCAAUAUUACGAUUACAAGCACACUGGUGGACUUCUUUUCUGACGUGAUGCCCCUCUGUCAAGGCUGCUGGAACACCUGUCAGUGGAGUUUUCAAUAUUUUCUUUUAUUCCAAGCCAGUGUCGUGCAGCCACUUGAAGAACCUUGAGGAACAUUAGUUUUCCAUGACCUCACCCCUCAGUCAGGGAAAGAAAGAGACAAAUGUUUCCAUAAGCGUUGUAUACACAGGAGUAGAAAGAGGUUGCUUGAAAGGUCUCAUCAGUUUUAACUGCAUGAGAAUGCAAGCUCUAUGCAUGCAAUGCUGACAAAUCUUCAGGAUGUCUGCUCUUCAGCCU